AUGUCAGACAACAAACCACCUUCUGGACGACUCCAACCUAAACCUCGUCUCGGAGCGAUACCCGGCCUGAGAACGAUCGAUCGGUCGACACCAAAAAACCCGACAAUGAAAACUGUGUUAGGCCCGCAACUGUCUUCCAACGACUUCUUCACGAGAAGACUUGGCCGAAUUGUAUCUGACAACUCACACGAUGAAGGCCCGUCGAAUUUCCGCGGCAACAAAGGAAAAGGGCCGGACAUGUCAGACAACGUACCCGAGGAAACCACUUUCCAACCUCGACUCACCGGCCGUGUCAUUGGUUCGUCGUCGCAAAACUGGCGCCGUACAGAGUCUGCUCCUCAUCUUGCCGAGAAAGAUGCUCCCCAACCCGCCCCACCGCCGCCUCAACAGCUCGGACAAUCCGAUAUCGCCAGCCUUGUUGAGGAAAUGAGAUUCAGACGUGAACUGGACAGUGCUCGGCUGGAUGAAGAUCGCGCACGACGAGAAGAAGACCGGGCCCGCCGAUUGGCUGAAGAAAACAUCACCCACCGACGUCGAGAACUCGAUGAACAGUCCAAGAUCUCAUCGAUAGUCAACUCGGCGAUCAACAAGCUCGAUGCCGAGGACAUACUCAAGCCGGACGGAUCGAACGUGCGGAGAUGGGAAGACGCCCUCAGACUCACGGCUUUUGAGCGCUUCCACGAUCAACACUUCUUUACACCUCGAGAAGGCAUGGUUGUCGACCCCUACUAUGAAGCGAUAGCGCGAGGCAUCAUCCACUCGUCCGUUCAUGCCGACCUCUCGUACGAUCUAGUUGACUACGACAAUUCGGCAGCUGUUUACGAGCACCUCCUUUCGAAAUUUCGGAUAAUCAAUCGGGCCAAGCAACUACACACGUGGGAGUCCCUGAAAAAGAUUUCACUGUCCGAUUACAGUAGUUCGGCGGAAGCAAUUGCUGCCGUAGACCGGUGCGCAAGGUCAUUUCGGGAGCAAGGCGUUGAUCUUACUUGGGACAACAUCAUCAGCUUCAUCUUCCAGGGAAACCUCCGAGACCACCUGGGCUCAACGGUUGAUAGAAAGGUGGACUUGUUCAUGGAGACUCAUGAACAUGAAUUACCGACGUCCGGCGAUAUACUGCGAUUCUGGGAGGCGGCGAGGACGGAACACCGACUAGCCACUGAGACGGGACGUUCGGAUUCUUCGGCUCUAUCCGUCCAGCUAGCUAGCCGAGAGAAGACUAGCGCCCCAGGAUCCGUUUCAGGAACCACUCCCACCGCUCACGAUGAACACGAAAUCUCGGCACUAGCGGUGAGCAAGCCACCGACAUGCUACAUCUGCAAACAAGUAGGACAUAUGUCUUCCAGCUGCCCCUCCAGCCGUAAGAACAAUCUGAAUGCCAGACCUGUGCCUCAACGACCCACCGGCGCACCGAGCUUCCCACCAUGCUCGGUGACAUACAACUUUGACCGGAUCCCCUAUAUCAAGCCGAUCCAACCAGAACAGAAGCCCAACACCUCUCAUCGACCACCCAACAACUUGCCAUCAAAGCCGGAUAUAACCAAAGUCCAGCCGAAAUCCUUCAAAUCUUGUCAAGUCAAUCCAAAUCUCUUUGCCGAAGAAGACAAAGAUCCAACCGAGUACGUUUUCGACAAUGAAGAUCUCUCGGCUGAACCAUCUGGACACCAAUUCAACCUGCGCGAAAUGAUCAUCGAUCGUGACGGGCAAGAAGUCAUAUGGGAUUCCGGUGCCUCUGACAAUGUGACUGGGGAUAGGUAUGCGUUACAUGACUUCAAAUUGCUCGACCGUCCUAUCGCCGUCAAAGUUGCGACUGACUCAGCCUGUGAUUACAUUACAGGCAUGGGUACCUUGAGAUUUGUCGGGACGAACGGGGCGAUCAUCGUAGUUAAAAAGGUUUACUACUGUGAGCGUGCCCGUUCUACGCUUUUAUCAAUUGCGGCCUUCAAGAAAUCUGACGCUCUGUUCAACGUGAAUGGAAACUUUGACUCGAUCGACCUAGUCUCACGCACGGGAAGUGUCCUUCUACACAGCAAGUUCGACUCAAAGCGCAACACCUGGCCGCUCCCAAUACCCCUUCGGGCGAAUGUUUCCUCCAUUCCAGACAGUCUUGAAUCACCUUCUUGUACCUUCAUUUCAUCUUCUGUCAAUGCAAAUUCAGUAUUCAAGUCCCCAAACCUAGUUGAACAUAGCCAGUUCACCUGGAAUCCAGAGGAGCUGACCAGUGAUGAGAAGACACUUCUUUUUUGGCACCGCCUGUUUGGGCAUGCAAGUUUGAGAAAAAUCAGGCGUCUAGUGAAACUUCAACUGGGAUAUGGACUGCCGACGACAAUGCCGACCGGAUCAAUCAAGUGCCCGGUUUGUUCCAUAUGCAAAGCAACGCGCACCUCGGCACUUGGCCCCACCAAGAGAUGCAUCGAUAGACUAUCGGUGGUAUGUGUAGACCUUAUGGGUCCUUUUGACACACCAACUAUGACUGGAGGAAAAUUUGCACUUACAAUUCGCGAUGUUUUCACGUCCUACAGUGAGGUCCGAAUUUUGAAAGCAAAGAGUGAAGCCGCGGAUAUGUUGAUGCAGACGCUGACCAGAUGGGAAACACAACUGGGUUGCAAAAUCAAGAUCCUGCGUUCGGACAACGGAGGCGAAUUCGACUCGAAAGUUUUUGCUAAGUUCCUCACUGACAAGGGUAUUGUAGCAGAACGGUCAUUGCCAUACCACCACUUCCAGAAUGGAGCGGCUGAACGGUACAAUCGUACGGUAUCCGACAUGGGUCGCAGCAUCCUUUAUGACAGCGAACUAGGGAAGGAAUUCUGGGGGUACGCCUUUAUGUGGGCGGCCUGGACGAUUAACCGCAUCCCAAACCGAAUCACAAAAGAAAAGACACCCUACGAGUUUUUCUUUGGCGAUAAACCUCAGCUGGACCGCACACGGGUUUUUGGCUCACGAGCAUAUGUUUUGGUGGCUCCUGAGAAGCGGAAAAAGCUGGACGAUAGAGCUAUUGAAGGUUUGGUUGUUGGACAUCUCCCGGAGUCUAAAGGAUGGACAUUUUGGAUUCCAAAAACGAAGAAAUUGGUUUCAUCGGCCUGGGCCGACUUCGGCAGAAAUUCCUUGCCAGCAGCUCCCAACGCCGCUAAUCCCUGUCCGGUGACCGAUGCACAAACGAAGGAGCCAAGAGUCGACGCGUCACUCAAAGCUAAACAGUUACUUCUGAACGAUUUUUCACAAGAGAAACUAGUUGCGGCUCAAGAAAAAUCGGUUGACGACUGCCUAAUGAACUGCGCGAAUGAAUCCUACGAGGUCCCCUCGACAUUCAAAGCGGCAAUGAAGUCACCAGACGCGAUCCACUGGAAGCAAGCUGUCAACACUGAACUCGACAACCUCAAGCGGAAGAGUGUCUGGAGUGUACGUAAACUACCGGCAAACCGGAGGAAGCUGGGGGCAAAAUGGGUAUUUGCGAGGAAGGAGAAUGCUGACGGCUCUUUCAGAUACAAAGCCCGGUAUGUAGCGAAGGGGUUCAACCAGAAAGAAGGCACAGAUUUCGCACAUACGUUCGCCCCUACCGCCACUUUCACAUCAAUGCGGAUUCUUCUCUCCAUCGCAGCAAAGAAUAAUUGGCCAAUUUACAAUUUCGACUUUGUGGCGGCAUACCUAAACGCUCCGAUUGACGAAGAAGUCUGGGUCCAGGCUCCGGAGGGUUUAGACGUCAAUGUAGGCGAAGCAUGCUUGUUACGACGCGCACUCUACGGUACCAAGCAGGCAGCACGUUGCUGGUGGAAACAUCUGAGUGGGACCCUAGCAGACUUAGGAUACACGUCAAGCUACUACGACUCAAGUGUUUACACACUAAGCAACAAAAAUGACAAGUCAAUCAUCUGGGUUCAUGUCGACGACGGGAUAGUAACGGGAUCUUCCGACACAGCCCUCAAAUUACUAGAGACUCAACUUAAAGGUAGUCUAGAAAUCAAGUGGAACGAGGGACUGACCAGCAUGGUGGGGGUGAAAAUCUCUAGAAGCAAGGCAGGCUUUGAAUUGACUCAACCACAGCUCAUUGAGAAGAUCCUCCGCGAAAGAUGGGACGGUGUCACUGUCCACCCUACGCCGCUACCCGAAGGUUACACGGCUAACACCGACAUGACCACACCUGGGAUCAACAGCUCUGAUUAUCUCUCAACAAUCGGAGGUCUCAGCUAUGUCGCGGUUGGAACGCGUCCGGAUAUAGCCUACAGCGUAAACUAUUUGGCACGAUUUUCCAGCAGACCCUCACAGUUACACUGGAAGGGCCUACGCCAUCUGCUUGGUUAUCUUGCAGAAACGAAGACGACCCCCCUCCGGAUACAUCCAACACAGGAAGAUGAGACGCCUGUGGAAUGUUUUGUCGACGCAAACUGGGUUAUGAUUCGUCUCUAUGGCGCACCCGUGAUGUGGGUCUCACGCAGACUAGUUACGGUGGCUAGUUCAACGUGUCAGGCUGAAUACAUGGCCCUUGGACACGCCACACGACACUCUCUCUGGAUCCGGAAUCUGCUAUUCGACAUCAUCGGUUGCAAUUUUCCGAUAACUAUUCUGUGCGACAACCAGUCGGCGGUUAAAAUCGGCUGUGAAGAUUCGUCAAACAAGCGCACUCACCAUAUUGAACGGGAAUUUUACAUUACCAAUCAAGCAAUGUAUGAGAAGAAGACCAACAUCAAAUGGAUUCCCGGCACAGAUCAAAUAGCGGAUGUCCUGACCAAGGCACUGGGUAAAUCAGCACAUCUGAAAUGCGGCGCUGUUAUUCAAGGUUUUAUUCACUAG